GGCCCCCGAGUCUUGGACAACCGCUCGCGCCACCCAAAGACAUCGAAGCCAUGGCCGCUCGCGGCUGGGCGCUUCCGCUGGGCGCGGCGGCCUGCGGCCUGGCAGUCUGGGUGGCACUGCGCCGAAGGAAGCGGGCCGUUUUGGCCCUGCCGCGCCUGUCUUCCGACGCCGGCGCCUCAGCGUUGGCGGCGGCGCUGCAGCGUUGCGGCGUGGUGGUGGUCGAAGGCCUGGCGCCGGAGCUGGCGGAGCAGGCGAAGCGGGAGCUCGCGGACAAAGGGCUACAAGGCACCUUCCACGGGGCGGAAGGCUCCUUCGCCGGGCACCACACGCGGCGCAACGCGGGCAAGGCUCUGGGGGAGUCUUUGGCGGCGCAGGAGCUGGCGCAGCAUCCGCUGAUCCUGGAGGCUGUGGAGAAGGUGCUGCUGCGCUGGUGCAAGCGCAUCAACCUGGGCACCUGCUCCGCCAUCUCCGUGGAGCCGCCGAGCGGAAACGAGGCGCCGGCGCCGCCGCAGGUGCUGCACCGCGACAACAGCAUGUGGGGGGCCUCCACUUGGCCCUGGUUGCCGAGCUCCUCCUUUAAAGGGCGCCCGGAGUUCAGCGUGUCCGUGAUGCGGCGCGGUCUGAGACAAGGGCCAGCUGUUCGCGGAGGUGGGCGCUGUCCGAUUUCACCGCCAGCAACGGCGCCACCCGGUUCCUGCCUGGGUCCAACCACUGGCCGGCCCAGGAAGCCGGGAGCGGUGGGGUGGUGGCCUCGUGGCCUCGUGGCCUCGUCGUUUUGGUCGCGCUCCGAGGGCGGCGCCUACGGCAAGGGCGUGGGGCCGCUGCCGGAGGAGGCGGACGCGGUGAAGGCAACGAUGGCCCGGGGCUCCGUGGCGCUGUGGCUGGGCAACACGCUCCACGGGGCGGGCGCCCAUUCUGGGAAGGAACCUUCUGCCCGGCACGGCUUGGUCUUCAUCUACAACUUGGGGUGGCUGAAGCCGGAGCACAACUUCCACUGGGCGAUGCCUCCAGGCGUUCUGCGGUCCUUUUCCCCAAAGCUGCAAGAGCUCAUCGGGCUCUUUGGCCAGCUAGUCUCAGGCUGGCAUACCUUGAGACGCCGAAGGGGCUGGGCCUGCUGGAUGACUUGGAGCCAGACACGAGCAGGAGGUCAAGGCCUGGUCAGCCUGGGCUGAGCUGCUUGGGCAGCCGGACUGGUGGCUGGCAUGCCCUCAGAUGAACGCUGUGGAGCACGAGUGGUACACAGGCCCAGUGUACACCCAGCCCUAUCUCGGUGGCCCCUCUGGCAGCUCCGCCGGCGAGGGCGUGCAGUUCUGACGCCCCCCCGCCAAAAAAAACCGAUCCGAAGGACGGCGCACGGGUCGUUUGUUUUCCCCACUCCAGCGAGCUUCGCGAAAACACGACACA